CCUUGGUUACCUGUGUACGCAUUUCAAGCCCGGGACAACCAGUACCAGCCUCUUACCGACAAUUUAGGUUUUAUCCUCGGCUCCUCCAUGAUAUCUUCAUUUACGCUUCAUCCACAGGCCAUGUCGAGCUUCGCGGCGUGGAGGAUGCUAAACGCCGCCAUGGAUUUUGCCUCCUCAUCGAUGAAAUCAAUGGCACAUCGACGGCUUUUGACGUGCUCGGCCUCGUCGUCUCGGCUUGUUCUCCAUCCGCCUGACCUCGUCCAAUGGGUUCGUAGAGAAGGCGGCUUCGUUCACCCCAAGCUCAGAAUUGCAAACCAAGGGUCCGAUGGCUUAGGCGUAUCCUCCCUCAGCGAAAUUCCAGCAGGAGCUGACCUCAUCACCCUUCCCAGCCAUAUCCCGUUGCGAUUCCAGCAUUCUGACGAGCCUGACGAGCGUGAUUCCGUCUUGACUCAACUGAGUGGGAAAAUUCCAGAGGAACUCUGGAUAAUGCGAUUGGGGCUGAGGUUGCUACAGGAAAGAGCUACAGUUAAUUCGUUUUGGUGGCCGUACAUUAGCAAUCUCCCAGAAACUUACAGCGUGCCUAUAUUUUUUUCGGGGGAGGAUAUGAAGAACCUUCAGUAUAUCCCUCUUGUGUAUCAGGUCAAUAAAAGAUGUUCUUUUCUGCUUAAGUUUGAGAAAGAAGUCAAGACUAUACUGGAAACUGUGGAAACGAAACAUCAUCCUUUUGGUGGCCAGGAUGUUAAUGCAUCUUCCUUGGGUUGGGCUAUGUCAGCAGUUUCUUCCCGUGCAUUUUGUCUGCAUGGAGAGGUUCUCUCAAAUGGCCAAAAGAGGGAUAUUCACAUGCUGCUUCCAUUCAUAGAUAUGUGUAACCAUAGCUUUCAACCAAAUGCUAAAAUUGUUCAAGAACAGGAGAAAGGAAGCUCAAAGAUGUCAGUAAAGGUUGUGGCAGAAACGCAGAUAGCUCAAAAUUCCCCAAUUUUGUUAAAUUAUGGUUGUCUGAGUAAUGAUCUUUUCCUUCUUGACUAUGGCUUUGUCAUUCCAUCAAACCCAUUUGACCAUGUUGAGCUAAAGUAUGAUGGAAUUCUUCUUGAUGCUGCUGGUAUAGCUGCUGGACUUUCUUCUCCAAGCUUCUCUUCACCAACCCAAUGGCAAAAGGAAAUCUUAUGCCAGUUGAACUUACUUGGUGAUGGAGCCAUUACUAAGGUGAACUUAGGAGGUUCAGGGGUGAUAGAUGGCCGCUUACUCGCAGCACUAAGAGUGCUUCUCGCUAGCAACAAAGAAAUCGUUCAAAAUCUCGAUCUCGACACUCUAAUGACCUUAUCCCAAAAAGCCCCAUUAGGCAUCUCAAUCGAAAUUGCUGCUCUCCGCAUUAUCAUAGCUCUCUGUGUUGUUGCACUGGAACACUUCCCCACAAAGAUAAUGCAGGACGAAUCCAUUUUAAAAGGGAACAUUUCCACUUCAAUGCAAUUAGCUGUACAGUUUAGGAUGCAGAAGAAGCUAAUGAUCGUAGACGUUAUGCGGAAGCUUUCUCACAGAAUUAAGAUCCUUUCAAAGGAAAAAUCCGCUGCCUGAAGUUAGUUUGUUCCAUUUGUGUAAUGAGCACUCUCUCCUUUAUAAGGACAGUUCUUGGUUAAGGCUUCGUUUGCGACGGCUUAUUUUGUACUAAAAAGUUGCUUUAAGAAGUAGAAAGAAAACCGUCCCAAACGAAGUCUAAAUCAUUUUACAUAACUCUUUCUAUUUGAAGUACUGUUAAUCUUGCUUUGGAAGUAUGCACUUCUCUGUUUCCUGGGAACUUUUACCUUAUCAUAUUUACAUGGCUAAUCUAUAUGAUUCGAAAACUAA